UCCUGGAUGUCCCCUGUCCCGCAGGUGCCUCGGAGCCACCAUGAGCAUCCCUCAGCUCCUGCUGUGCCUGUCUCUCUUCAUGCUCUGCAUCUCCUCCAAGCCCACGGAGAAGAAGGACCGAGUCCACCACGAGCCCCAGCUCAGUGACAAGGUCCACGAUGAUGCCCAGAGCUUCGACUACGACCACGACGCCUUCCUGGGUGCUGAUGAGGCCAAGACCUUCGACCAGCUCACGCCAGAGGAGAGCAAGGAGAGGCUGGGAAAGAUUGUAAGUAAGAUAGAUGAAGACAAGGACGGGUUUGUAACGGUGGAGGAGCUCAAAGCCUGGAUUAAGUUUGCCCAAAAACGGUGGAUCUACGAGGACGUAGAGCGGCAGUGGAAGGGGCACGACCUCAAUGAGGACGGCCUUAUUUCAUGGGAGGAGUAUAAAAAUGCCACCUACGGCUACAUCUUAGAUGACCCGGACCCCGAUGAUGGCUUCAACUACAAGCAGAUGAUGGUGCGGGAUGAGCGGCGCUUCAAGCUGGCCGACAAGGAUGGGGACCUGACGGCCACCAAGGAGGAGUUCACGGCCUUCCUGCACCCCGAGGAGUACGACUACAUGAAGGACAUCGUCGUGCAGGAAACCAUGGAGGACAUAGACAAGAACGGAGAUGGUUUCAUUGACCUGGAGGAGUACAUAGGUGACAUGUACAGCCACGACGGUGACGCCGACGAACCCGAGUGGGUGAAAACGGAGCGGGAGCAGUUUGUGGAAUUCCGGGAUAAGAACCACGACGGCAAAAUGGACAAGGAGGAAACCAAAGACUGGAUCCUCCCUUCCGAUUACGACCACGCCGAGGCGGAAGCGCGGCACCUGGUCUACGAAUCCGACCAGAACAAGGAUGGCAAACUGACCAAGGAGGAGAUCGUGGAGAAGUACGACCUGUUCGUGGGGAGCCAGGCCACGGACUUCGGGGAGGCCUUGGUGAGACACGACGAGUUCUGAGCCUGGAGCCAUUCCCACGUAAUUUAUUGCUUCCAAUUCCUGGGAUCUGAUGGUCGGAAACAUUUGGGGGCUCCCGAGCCCGGUGGGGUCAGGCACUGAGGUGCAAUGUCGCCAACGAAACCCUCCCUUCCCGUCCUCUUUCCAUCUCCUCCUUCCUUCCCGGAGGGAUGGGGAGAUGCCGUUGGGAGACCCAACGCUUCUGAACGGCGCUUUUGGGGUUCAGUUGGGGGCUUUUGGGGGGUGGUGUGUUUUUAGAUUGACUCAUUCUCUGGUGGUUUGAGCCACGUCGCCUGGGUUUUAUACUCGGAGGGUUCCGUGUGAUGUGAAGGAACUUCUCCUCCUCCUCCUCCUUCCAAGAAGCCACCUCCUGGCUUCCCCUUCACCCACCCUCGCUCUUGGCCUUUCCUCCUUGGGGUGGACUCCAACAAACUCAACCAAUCAAGACCCAAAUAAUUGACUUUACUAAGCCCCAAAAUCCAUUGAACCUGGUGGAAACCCUAAACCAGAGCUGGAGUAGAGCCGGGAUUGGGAUGGACCCAGCUUGGCCAACCCAACCGCUCUUGUCCUGCUGGAAGAGCUGGAGCCACCAAACCCCCUCUCCAUUGGCCUCAGUUGGCCACCAUCGUGUCCUCCAGUCAUUAAUGGGCCUGUUAAUGAACCACCAAUGUGGUGGUGGCUUCUUGUUGCCCAUCCAAGUGUUUUCCCUCUUUUCCACCCCGGAAUGUCGCUCCAAGUGCCUUUAAUCCAGCCAAACACCCCCAUUCCGAGGAGAAACGGCCCAGCCAGGGCAGGAUGAUGAUGAUGAAUAGUGUUAAUAUUAUCCAUAAUCCCCUUGUUUUUAAACCACGUGGAUCCGGGAAUGUCAUGAUUCCAUCCUGGCAUCAACAUGGAUCUGACUCUGGUUCAGAGGUUGGUGCCGGUCACUGGUUGAGGGGAUGGAUGGAAAAUCCACCCGGAUUCUGCCCUCAAUCCCACUCCAGGGGUUAAACCACCAACCACAGGGAUAGGUGCUCUUCCCAGUUGGAUUUGGACAGAGCUCACUGGUGGAUGCAGUGAUCCCAGUCUGGGAUUUGGCUCCAACUUCCUCUUCCCAAACGGAUUUGAAACUGGGAGCAGCAUUAACGACUCCAAACACUAAUAUCCUUCCCAAAUUCCUAUCCCCAAAUCCCACCGUGUUUAUUCCCUGGGUGUUUGUUGGGAUGGGUUCAGUUGUGUCCAACUGUGGCUCAAUAAAUCCCGGUUCCAUCCACCCCA